UCUUCUUCUUCCCCCUCUUUCUCUCCUCUCUCCCUCGCUCUCUCUUCUUCUUUUUUUCAUUUUGGCUUCUAUUCAAAUGUGGGUCAGGGGUGAGCGGCUCCCAACGUCACAAGCUUGCAAGAUGGCGCUGGGAGGAAGGCUGUGAGAUGAGGAACAGGCUGGUAUAAACCGAGAGGACAGGAGAGGGAGAGGAGGAGGAGAGGGGAAGGGGAAGAAAAGCUGCUGCUCCAGAUGCAAUAAGAAGGGAGCUAUUCUGUACUGAAUCAGCAUGGGAUAGAGUGCGUAGAAGACGUUCAGACCAAGCACAGCUAGCGCGUCCCUGCUGGUUCUCCAUUCUGCAUCUGUGCAGCCACGUUCUAUUGAUGGCCUGUUGUGAUUUCAAUGGAACAUCAUGGGAUGUACCUGGCACGUCGGGCAGCACUGGAUGGAGGUGCCUUUAGCCCAAUGUACCUGGCAUGGUAGUAAGGUGAAGGUGAAAGGAAGAGAAGGUGGAGAUGGAACUGCCAAAUCAUGCCAAACAACUGCUACUGCAGCUGAACCAGCAACGAGCCAAAGGUUUCCUCUGUGAUGUGAUCAUUGUGGUAGAAAAUGCCCUGUUCCGUGCCCAUAAAAACAUCCUGGCAGCCAGCAGCAUGUAUUUCAAAUCCCUUGUCCUGCAUGACAACCUGAUUAACUUAGACACGGACAUGGUGAACCCCACUGUGUUCCGGCAGAUCUUGGACUUUAUUUAUACUGGUAAGCUCUUAACGACUGACCAGCCUGGUGAACAGAACUUUAAUGCUCUCCUCACCGCAGCAAGCUACCUCCAACUGCCUGACCUGGCAGCUCUCUGCAGAAAGAAGCUGAAGCGGAACGGCAAGUCCUUUGCUGGCAAGGCCGGUGGCCUUGGUGUCGGGAGAUCUGCCAGGAGUCAAAGACUUUCCACUGCUUCGGUCAUCCAAGCUCGCUAUUCAGGGUCAAAUGAGGGGUUGAAGGGCUCACACUCAAAGGAGCUGUCAAAGGGAAAGCUCUCCGAUGAUGAGGUCUUCAUCAGCAGCUCCAACCAAGAGAACUGUCACUCCUUAAGCAGGGGAGCCAGUAAGAAUGGCGCCGGGGGCAGCAGUGCGAAUGGGAGCACUGGCGACCAGGAGCUAGGCCUCGAUCUGUCCAAAAAAAGCCCGUCACUCCCUGCUGCAGCCUCCCAUGAUGACACGCAGCACAGCGAAAGCCAGCAUGGCUCUCCCCAAUCUGCCUCAGCCCCCGCAGCCAACAGUGCCUCAUCGUUCGACGAGUCUGGAGUCGGAGCCCCUCACAGCAUGGCAGACAGCAGUGACCCCAUGGAGAUGGAUCUGAGCGAAGAGUGCCACCACUCGCUGACGGAAGGCAGCCAGCGCAAGGGCCUCCGGCAUUCGUCCCGCAAGAAGGAGUGGAUCAAGAAAGAUAAUGCCUUUGACCGAAAGGAGGGGGGCAAAGACAGGGACGAGGGCGAAGGGCUGCCCAAUGGUAUCCUGCUGGGGUCCUUGUCCAAGUCCGUGGAGCGGAGUCUGGCUGGGGCCUAUGGUGCAGACCUACCCUACCCGUGUAAGGAAGAGGUGGAAAAUGGUAAGGAGAACAGUGACGACAGUGGCCAGAGUGAGAGCGAGAGCGGCGGGCAUACUAGUGCCAACUAUGUCUACCGGCAGGAGGGGUUUGAGCCAGUGGCCUACGGUGACAACCUGUAUGUCUGUAUCCCCUGUGGCAAAGGCUUCCCCAGCUCUGAGCAGCUCAAUGCCCAUGUGGAGACGCACACCGAGGAAGACCUUUACAUCAAGGAGGAAGGCACAUACGGCGGCAAAGAUGAAGCUGAGGAUUUGUCAAACCCCAACCAGUCAUACGCCGCGGAAUCCAGACCCUUCAAGUGUUCAGUGUGUGAGAAGAGCUACAAGGAUCCAGCCACGCUGCGGCAGCACGAGAAGACUCACUGGCUUACGCGGCCCUUCCCUUGCAACAUCUGCGGCAAGAUGUUCACACAGCGGGGCACCAUGACACGGCACAUGCGCAGCCACUUGGGGCUCAAGCCCUUUGCUUGCGAGGAAUGCGGGAUGCGCUUUACCCGGCAGUACCGACUGACAGAGCAUAUGCGUGUCCACUCAGGAGAAAAACCUUACGAAUGUCAACUGUGUGGUGGGAAAUUCACCCAGCAGCGCAACCUGAUCAGCCACCUGCGAAUGCAUACCUCUCCCACAUAAGCCAAAGACUCCAGAAUGAGCUUCGAGCCCAUCCGCAGUGAUUUACCUUUCUGUAGACUUGCUGCUUAAAAAAAAAAAGAAAAAAGAAAAAAAAAACAGACAAAAAAGGGGGCAACUCCCCAUACUCUGUUCAGUCAUGGGAGGCCUAAACAAAUGUAGCUUUAACAUUAAAAAAAAAAAAGUUCCUUUUUUCCCUUUUUUUUUUUUAAAAAAAGAAAGGUCCACAGCCAAGCUGAUGCAUUUAGCCCAACUCUCCCUCCAAAUCCUGGUGAUCUGGCAAGAAAUGACACUUCUUUUUGCGCACAUUUACUUGAUUGCCGUAUCGAUUAUCUGGAACACGUAGGGGGAUCAUAGGGAGCUUUCAGCCUCUGCUGGCUCCCCCCCGCUACUUCUCUCUUUAUGUUACUGUCACCCUACUCACCACCUCUCUUUAAACCAAACUCAGUAGGGGCAUUUCUUGCCAUUAAAAAGAGAAUCCAGUACACCUUUUCAGUGGCCUAAGUAGCUGUGAAAUAACAUAGCAUUGCAUUCACAAGCGCAGAAGCUCUGGCCGUGGACCAUCUCACAGGGUUGUCAGCCCCUUCAGAUACUGUGGGAAAGCCAUAGUUGUGGUGGAAUCCAUCACCAUUCCUCUGGGCUGGCGAUGAUGGGGAGAGUGCACUAGCCCAAGAACUUCACUUAAAGAAACGGCGAUGCCUCCCUUACCAUCCCUGCCUCUUUAGGUUUUGAUCUUUAUCCUUGGCACAUGGAACCACAUGCCACCUUUUCCCACAAAACACCAACCUCUCCUGCCUUACCCAUGACUGAACAGGGACUGGAUGCCCUGGGAAUUUCUUUCAGUGAGCAGGGGGUCGUCUUUACUUUUCUAGUAGUUUCGUAUUAAUAUUCUUUGCUUAGAGGUACUUGUUUUAUUAAAGGAAAAACCAUUGUAACGUUUAUGUGAAUGUUUGAACUGGAAGGUCUGAGGUUAA